AUGUCAUGGCCCACCUUCCCGUACGGAGCACAGUAUCAAGCACCAGUCGAUAAAAUCACGUCACUCGCCAUGUCUUGGAAAACUGUGCCCAUUGUACACACGCAGCUGUGGAAGGAUAGACGCGUCGACGAGAAAUACACGCCCGCCCGAUCAUCCCCCGCCGCAGCCGAAGCUACGUCCACACGACUUUCAUGCGGGUGUCGCACCAACAACGCGGGUCUGGCGGCCUGGUGUGUGCUGCAUAGCGAGCAAGUCCACAGCGAGGAAUCAACCGGGGAGUCAACGUCGUCGUUGUCAGCGGCCGGUCGUGGUGCCGGCGAGGUGCCCAGGAUCUUUGCGGCCGCGGCGACGGCUUCCCGGGACGAGAUGUUGCUGCUGCACUCUGAGCUGGGCGUGGUUUGUCGGGUUUCACAGGCGUUUGAGUGUGUCAGCGUGACGGACAGUGAGCGCGAGUAUCUGUACCGGAGAUUGUUCGAGGGCCUCAAGGAGCAGCAGCACGGGGUGAGCAGACAGAGCCAAUUGGACGAACUGCGGCAUCAUGAGCUGCUGGGAACGGCGGAUGAGGACGAGCGCGGGAAUGAGGAAAAAGACAGGCAGUUCCGGGCCUGGGUGUGGAGGGAGUUCAAUGGUUGGGUUGAGUCUAUGUAUCCUGACGGGAGUCGGAGUGCCUAA